AUGGCGGAAGAAACGGCGGAGAUUCUUGAGCCUACCGCAUUUUUGUUUCCGGAUGAGAAGGCUUCAAAUCAAUUAGUAGAGGAAGCCAUCGGAUACUUCUCAGCUGUCAAAGUUCCUUCUUCUAGUCCUAUCCAAAAAGUCGUUACCAAGAACCUCGAUGCUUGGCAGAUUUAUAACCAGCUUGCAAUUGCUGCAAACCAUACAUUAGAUGAUCUUCCAGAUUUGGAUGUUGAGGAGGAAGGCCCGUCAGACGCAGAGAGUUAUGCUUCUGGAGACGCCCAGGAUGAAAAUCAGCUAGAAACAUCACCGCCGGAAAGCCCAGUUGAGGAUGAGGGAAAAGAAGAUGAUGAAUUUUUAGGGUUUUCUGAUCGGGAAGGUGAAGAAGGCGGUCAUUUGAGUGAUGAAAAUGUCGAGGAUGAGAAUGAGGAUGAAGGCAUGGAAAUGGAUAAUUCUGAUGAAGAAGAGGUAGAAGAACAAGUGCCAGAGGAUCGAGAACCCAAAAAAGAUGCGUUUGGAUUGAACGACAAAUUUUUUGAUAUAGACGAGUUUAACAAGCAGACUGUCGCUUUGGAAGAACAGGAAGCCGAGCAAAAUCAUGAAAUUGGCGAUGAAGAUGAUGACGAUAUCGAUUUGUUCGUUGAUCCUGAAGACGAUGAAGAGGAAGAAGGAGGCCCUCGUGCUGAUUCUGUCUUGUAUGAAGACUUUUUCGGACCCAAAUCAGCAAAAGGACGUCGCGAAGUCAGUAAAAAAAACAAGCGUGAUGCCGAGGCUAAUAAGAAGAAAAAAACAAAGAGAGUGCCAAAGCCAGAGGAAUCUGACGAAGAAGACCAGGAACCCGAAAACGACGAGAAUACUUUUGAUCGUGUCAGAAAAGACCUGUUUGCCGACGAAGAAGAGGAAGAACGUGAAGAUUCUCAACAACUUCUCUCUUCUUAUGAACGUGAUAAAGCUCGAAUUAGUCAACAAAUUAAGGACUUGGAAUCUGAAAACGUCGCCAAAAAGUCUUGGACAAUGGUUGGUGAGGCUACGUCCAAAAGUCGUCCUUCGAACUCACUUCUUGAUGUUGAUAUCGAUUUUGAAACUGGCGCAAAACCUGUUCCCGUGCAAACUGAAGAGACAACCUCUGUACUGGAAGAUGUCAUAAAAAAUCGAAUUUUAAAUAAGAGUUUCGAUGAUGUACCUCGUAAAGCACCCAGCUCACUUCCGGAAUUCCGCCCAAGCGAAUUAUUCGAGCUUGAUGAGAAUAAGGCUCAGCAAUCUCUCGCUGAUAUUUAUGAGGAACAGUACAUGAAGAAAGCUAACCCCAAUACCUAUCAAAGUGGCGCUGACAAAAAGCGCCAGAGUGAUCAUGAAGAGAUUAAAGCAAUGUUCGAAGAUGUCAGUUACACUUUGGAUGCUCUUUCUUCUUGGCACUACAUUCCAGCCCCCGCUGAGGCCAAUGUCCAGGUUGUAUCUAACGCUCCUACACUGACAAUGGAAGAGGCUCAACCCACCGCUUCUUCUGACGCCAUGGCUUUGGCUCCUCAAGAAGUUUAUCAGCCUUCUAUGGGUAGCCGCCAAGACGAGACUAUUGAGCGCUCUGGUAUUGCCGUAUCGAAGGCUGAAAUGGAUCACACAGAGAAGCAAGCUCGCCGUAGAAGAGUUCGUCGUAAGCACGCUGAAAAACGAAAAGCGUUGGGUGAAAAGAAACGUGGUUCUGAUAAAGAACAAGUUGUGCGUCAAUUGUCUCGUGCAGAUGUUCAAGUCAUUGGUGCUGGCGGAGAACGCAAAAAAAUCUCUAAUCAAUCUAAAGGCAAACCUGCUGCUGUGCAAUCAUCUAAUCAACUUUUACUUUAA